GCGAACGGUUCAUCAUUCUGUACAUUCAUCCACAUCCACAUAUCAUCCAACAUGUCGUCCAGUGAAAUCUAUCGCUAUUACUACAAGACGUCCGAGGAUUUGCAGGGCUUCAAGACAGCCGCAACUGAGCCCUACUUCAAUCCGAUGGCCGCCUACAGUCCGGGCAUGACCCACUAUCAGUUCAAUGGCAACGCUUUGGCCAACUCCAGCAGCUACUUGGCGGGAAACGGCUUCAUCAGCUUUGAGCAGGCCAGCUCCGAUGGCUGGAUCACUUCGUCGCCGGCCAGCCAUCGUUCAGAGAGUCCCGAAUACGUUGAUCUCAAUACCAUCUACAACAAUGGCUGCAACAUGGGUCACCAGCACGCUCAGCAGUACGGACUCAGUCUGGAGCAGGCACAAGCAGCAGCAGCACCGCCACCAUCCAUCGCAGAAGUACCGAUGGCUCCAUCGGUACCGUCAGUGGAGGUCAUGGGCUCCUCCAAUGUGGGCACUUGCAAGACAGUGCCAGCAGCUCCUGUCGCAGUCAAGACCAAGCGCAGCUAUACCAAGAAGAAUCAACAGACUGCCUCCACAGCUACAGCCACAGCCACCUCCUCAUCCACCAGCAGUGCCCCCAGCUCCACGGCAACGGCAACGGCUCCGGCAAAUCUCUACGCUGAUGAGUUCCAGAGCUUUGACUUUGACAACUCCGCUCUGUUCGAUGACAGCGUGGAGGAUGACGACGAUCUAAUGUUGUUUGGCAGCGGGGCCGAGGACUUUGACGGCAACGACGGCUCCUUCGAUCUGGCCGAUGGCGACAGUGAAGAUGCUUCGGGAUCUACUUCCGGCAAGAAGCGUCGCAACAAGCAAAUCUCGCCGGUGGUCAAGCGGAAGCGUCGCCUGGCUGCCAAUGCACGCGAGCGUCGUCGCAUGCAGAAUCUUAACCAGGCCUUCGAUCGUCUCCGCCAGUAUCUGCCCUGCCUGGGAAACGAUCGUCAGUUGUCCAAGCACGAGACCCUGCAAAUGGCCCAAACCUAUAUCUCCGCGUUGGGUGAUCUGCUCCGCUAAGAGGGCGAGCGGAGAGGACACCAAAGUUAUAAAUUAGUUAUUGUUGGAGCCUUGCCAAAUGUUGUACCUUUAAUGCCUGUAAAUAGCUAGGAGCCCAGUAGUAAAUUAUCGCUUGUUUAUUGUUUAGUUAAUUAGUUUAAAUGGAGGACAAUGAUUCAGAUUAAAACAAAAUAAAACAACAAGUAA